AAAAUUUAUACCAUUAGCCCACAAUCAGAAGCAGCAUUUUCCCAUGUAGGAAUAUGUUUUUUUUGGUAGUGCCUUGGUAAUGUACUAAUGUACAUGAACCAAUGGUGACAUUUUGAAUUCUGACAAUCAAACUUAGGAUUUCAUCAACCAUAAUUCCUGCUAAACAGGAACCUUAAAUCACCAGAAUACAAAGCACAUAAAUCAAGAAAUCAGCAGUGUUCAAGCUAAGGUUUUAGAUCAUCAUGUUCAAGUCUGCAAAAUGGAGAAAAGAGAAGAUCAAAGCAGUGUUUGGGAUGCAGUUUCAGGCAACACAGGUGCCUCAACUGAAAGCCAAAAGCCUGAUGAUUUCGCUAGUCUCCGCGGAUACGAGAAGGACGAGUGUGAAAAUGGGAAGAGCUGAGAUUGUUGAAGGAGCCUGUUCAUGGGAGGGCCCUGUGUGUGAAACAAUCAAACUCGAGAGAGAUCCGAAAACCGGGAGGAUUCAAGAAAAGAUAUACUAUUUUGUUGUGGCAACUAAAUCCUCAAAAUCUGGUUUUCUGGGAGAAGUUGGUGUGGAUUUUGCCAAGUUGGCAGAGAUGACAGAACCAUUAGUACUGUCUCUCCCCCUUAUGCCAUCAGACUCAGGUGUAAUUCUGCAUGUGACAGUGCAGAAGAUGCAAGGAACUCUUGAUCAAAGAAGCAAGGAAGACAAUGAAGUUAUGAUGACAUAUGAAGAUCAGUGCUCACACUGCUCAGAAACAGAACUAGAUGGCUAUGGAGACACAACCAUUACAUCCACUGAAGCUUUAGAAUGCAACAAAACAUCACAGGAUUUCGAGCAAAACUGCAUCCUCACGGAUCAUCCAAUCGAUGACACCAGUGUUCAUCACGACCUUAACGGUCUUGAACACAAUCCCAAACUUCAGAAGCCCCUCGAAAGGCAUCAUCGUUGGCUAUCCUCCACUGAUAUCUCGCUGGGAUAUACCUCAGAUGGAAGUAUAAUCGAUGCAGCAAGCGUGGCUAAGGAGGACCUUUCGGGUGAUAUUGUUCAAGAGAGAGAUGCAGAUAUAAGAGAAUGUGAGAACAUCAAGUUACAAGCCGAAGAUCAAAGAUUCUCGAAUGCAUCAGAAACAGAAAUGGAAAUUUCGCGGGCUAAGUUUGAAGAACUUACCCGCGAGCUCCAGCAAGAAAAACACUUAAGAGACAGAUUGAAGUCGAGGCUGCAAGAGACAGAAGACUCAAAUUCUGAACUGAUCAUUACUAUAAAACACCUUAAUCAAAAGCUGGAACAGAAAAACAAGGAAUCAGAGGAGAUGAAGCAAAAGAUAGAAAAACUGUUACAAGAAAGAGAGGUUCUUUGCAAAGAAAACGAAGACCUAGAGUUGCAGAAGGAUCAACUCUUAAGUGAUUAUGCAAUCCUGAAAAAGGAAAAUGAGGAAAGCGAGACAGACAAAGUUAAACUGCAACAAGAAUUCUCGGAAGCAUUGGACAAAAUAAAGCAGUUUGAAGUCGAAGUAAAGGAGUUGGAGGAUGAGAUACAAAGGCAAUCAGUGCAGUUUCUAGAAUCUAUGCAGACAAUAAACAAGCAAAAAACUGAGAUCAUGAGUCUCGAGAAAGAGGCACGAGCAUUUGAAGAUGCUCUCGAAGCCAUCGCUCAAUCCAAAGUCGAGCAGGAGAAAAGAGCUAUACAAGCAGAGGAGGAAAUCAGCAGGCUUGCAGCCGAAAUGGUGUCAAAGAUUUACGAGAAGGAAAAGAUGGCAAAUAAUGCAAGAGCAGAAGCUAAUGCUCUGCUCUGGAACAACAAUGUUCUUGAGGAAUCACUGGAGAAAGCAAAGGAACAACUCAAACUAACAAAGGAUCACUAUGAGAGAGAGCUCCAUCACCUUUCCACCCAAAACAAUCUGAAACUCUUGGAGGAAUCAACCAAAAUGCAAACUCUAGAAGACGAGAACGAACGAAUAAAAGAGACAUUACUAUCAGAAAUCGAGAAGCUGCAGGCUCAACACAACGAAGCAGCUCGUGGUUCUGAUCUGUUAAGGCUGGAGAAUGACAACCUCAAGAAACAGCUGCACAAAUUGACAAAUGGUCAAGCAGUUAACACAUGUGAUCUCGACAAGGUACUAACCGAAGAAGUAGCAUCACUGAGAGAAAAGAACAAGCACAUGGAAGAUGAACUCAAGGAAAUGGAAGAGAGAUACUCAGAAAUUAGCCUCAAAUUUGCAGAGGUAGAAAGCGAAAGGCAGCAACUUGUCAUGGUGUUACGGAAUCUGAAGAACGGCAAGAAAAAUUAAUUCAGCAUCAAAUGCACAAUCAAUGAAUCUGCAGAUUAUCCAAUUCAAGAAGAUCUGCACAAACAAAGAUGGUUUUCUUUCAAGAUUCCGGGCAGAAGUUUUUACAUUGGACUUCUCAGUUGCCAUGUUUAGUGCCUUCAUUCUCAUUAUACACAGCAAGGAUAAGGCAUACCUUCUCAUUCUUGUUUUGCCUGAGCUCUGUAGUGGGCUUUGCCAUAUUUAGACACAAAUGUUUACAAAUGUGAGAUACCCACAUUUUUUAAAAAUGUUUUGCAACCA